UUGGCUGCCCUUGCUGCAGACGUAACACGUCUUCCUGUUUUGUAACACUCUGAAUGUGAUUGUUACCAAACACUGAAUUUUUGAACAGCAGUUCAUCUGAAUCGCGCAGAGUUGAAAAGCCCCAACAAGGUAUGGCUCACACGUGUAUUCACUGGUUCCGCAAGGGACUCAGGUUGCAUGACAACCCAGCUUUAAUGGCUGCUCUGAAGGACUGUAAGCAGCUGUACCCUGUGUUCAUACUGGACCCUUACCUCCAGAACAAGGCGUGUGUGGGCAUCAACCGCUGGAGGUUCCUCAUUGGAGCGCUGAAGGACCUUGACGGAAGCCUUAGGAAACUCAACUCUAGGCUGUUUGUUGUGAGAGGGAAGCCAGAAGAUGUGCUCCCCAAGUUAUUCACCAAGUGGAAAGUAACCAGACUGGCCUAUGAGUAUGACACAGAGCCCUACAGCCUGCAGCGCGACAGCAAAGUGACGUCACUGGCCAAAGAACAUGGAGUUGAAGUCAUCUACAAAGUCUCACACACUCUUUAUAAUAUUGAUAGAAUAAUUGAGGAAAAUAAUGGAAAACCCCCACUUACCUAUACCAAGUUGCAAGCAAUAGUGAAGACUAUUGGUCCCCCUAAGAGACCGAUCCCUGCUCCAACCAUGGACGAUAUGAAAGAUGUAAAGACACCAUCCUCAGAAAACCACGAGAAGGAAUAUGGGAUUCCUACACUGGAGGAGCUCGGCCUGGACACUGCUCCUCUUGGAGAGGAUCUGUUUCCAGGAGGAGAACAGGAGGCUCUCAGGAGACUAGAUGAACAUAUGAAAAGAACGAAAUGGGUGUGCAGCUUUGAGAAGCCGCAGACUUCUCCAAACUCUUUGAGCCCCAGUACAACUGUUCUCAGUCCCUAUGUCACCUUUGGAUGCUUAUCAGUCAGAACCUUCUGGUGGAGACUCACAGAGGUGUAUAGAGGGAAUAAACACUCAGAUCCUCCAGUUUCUCUGCAUGGCCAGUUACUCUGGAGAGAGUUCUUCUACACAGCCAGUUUGGGCAUUCCUAACUUUAACAAGAUGGAGGGUAACAGCGUGUGUACUCAGGUGGACUGGGACACAAACCCUGAUUAUCUAGCUGCUUGGAGAGAGGCUCGGACUGGUUACCCCUUCAUUGAUGCUAUCAUGACUCAGCUCAGGCAAGAGGGCUGGAUCCACCACCUGGCCAGACAUGCUGUUGCUUGUUUCCUUACUAGGGGAGACCUCUGGAUCAGCUGGGAAGAAGGGCAGAAGGUGUUUGAGCAGCUUUUAUUAGAUGGCGACUGGGCUUUGAAUGCUGGAAAUUGGCAGUGGCUAUCAGCGAGCACCUUCUUCCACCAGUAUUUUAGGGUUUACUCUCCAGUGGCCUUCGGGAAGAAGACAGACAAAAAUGGAGACUACAUCAGGAAGUACCUCCCUCUUCUAAAGAAGUUCCCAGCAGAAUAUAUCUAUGAACCUUGGAAAGCUCCACGCAGUAUCCAGCAGGCAGCAGGAUGUAUUGUGGGUAAAGACUACCCACAUCCCAUUGUACAGCACGAAGUGAUCAGCAAGAAAAAUAUUCAGAGGAUGAAACUUGCUUAUGCCAAGAGAUCCCCUGAUACCACAGAGUCACCUAGCAAAAGCAAAGGUGUAAAGCGGAAAGCUCCAUCCAUCAUUGAAAUGAUCAAGAAGAAAGCAAAAGUAAAAUAAUUAGAAAUCAUAUUCACGUUUUGGUAUCUUUCCAGUACUUUAGUUUUAUCUCAGUACACAGUCUGCUAUAUUGUGUUUUUUAUUGGGAUUUUCAUUGGUUAUUUUUUUAUAUCAUUAUUGCUGUUACUUUUUAUGUUGAAUUUAUGUCAGUGUUUAAAAGUGACUCUUGGAUUUAAAAAAGGUCAGGUGAGAGACUGCAUAGAGAUUAGGUCAUGUUUUCUAAAGGCUAAAGGGUCAAAUUGUUAUUAUGUUACAUAGGGAAAAAAAAUAAGCAGGUCUGAAUGUCUCCAUGUUAGAAGGGUGUAAAAAUAUACUUAAGUUAAAAAAAUCAAUGCAGACAGUAAAUAUGAGAGAUAUGCAUUAACUGUAAUGGUUCGGUCUGUUCGCCCACCAUACAAUUCAAGGAGCACAUCAGAAAAAAGUGCAUUAAUUAUGGACAAUGAAAGAAUGGUUCUAAAAAAAAUAAAAAAUCAAGAAAAGUGGAAAAUUUAAAGUUUUGAAUCUUGGUAAGAUAAUCUAACAUCUCAGUUUGAUUGACAUCAGACAUCAAAUGUACGAAUUUAUUUGUAUCAACUUUUGCAAACAAACUGACACAAUUUACAUAUGAUUUGUUUAUGAGUCAGAUUGUAUCACUGUCAAAUAAGAUUAUCGUUAUACUAAUAGUAAGCAUACACUUCUGUCUUCUGUCUGCUGCCAUUAAAAUAAAAAAAACCUUACACUUAGAACUUGGA